CAGCCUCAGGGCACAGCUGGACCUCAGGACCUCGCCCAAGGCACACCACACGGCGCAGGCAGGGCCCGGCCAGGACGGGUCACCGGCUGCUGGGCAAACCCCCAGGCGCAGGGUCCCCCCUCGGGCUCCGCCUGACAGGCUGCGCUCUCUCCUGUGUGUGCCUCCAGUUUGUCAACGUCUGCGGAGUUUCCAUUGGAUUCGGCUUGUCCUCGGCCUGUGACACCUUAAUGUCCCAGGUAGGUGGGCCUCCGCGAGCCGGGCAGGGGCAGAGCCAGGCCCUCAGCUGCUGCAGAAACGGUGGGGCUGGGGGCCCACCUGAGGCCCCUUAAUGUCCCCUGGAUCUGGGAGCUCGUCAGGCCCUGGGCGGGGCCCGCUGUCCCUGGCACACCCACCCCCAAGGGCCAUGUGCUGCAGACCCUCCCCUUGAAAAGAGCCCGGGCAGCCGGGCGAGAGAGCCCUGGCGGGAAAGACAGUCCCCUGAGCUCGAGUGCGAGGGCCCACGGACGGGGCCUCCUGCUCUCAGGGGCCCACAGCCCAGCAGGGCUCAGCUCUGGGGGUCCCGGUCUCACGGUGGGCCUGGCUGCCACUCACCCCCAGGGAGAGUGGGCAGGUGCUCUCGCGCCGGAGGGCGGCGGGGGCGGGGGCGGGGGGCGAUGCCUCCCCCAUCGGAGCUGUUGGCGAGCCGGGCUCGAUGGGCGGACGGAGGCUGGAGCUCAGCAAACAGCUGCUGCUGUCCCUCUGUGAGCAGGCCGAGCCCCCGCCGGGGCCGCCCCGGGCGCGAUGGAGGGCUGCCCCACCCCGCCCUGCCGGGCGCCUGCGGUGCCAGCCCGCCCCCCAGCCCUGGCAGGGCCCCCGGGGCAGAGGGCAGGUGCGCGGGGCGUGGGCGCUGACCCGCUGUGUUUCAGAGCUUCGGCAGCCCCAACAGGAAGCACGUGGGAGUCAUCCUGCAGCGGGGCGCGCUGGCGCUGCUGCUCUGUUGCCUUCCCUGCUGGGCGCUCUUCCUCAACACCCAGCACAUCCUGCUGCUCUGCAGGCAGGACCCGGCCGUGUCCAGGGGCGCAGGCUGCUCAGCUCAGAGCCCUGGUUCUCCCGCAGGCUGGCCCAGGAGUACGUGCAUGCUUACAUCCCAGCGCUCCCGGCAAAUUUUCUUUACAGCCUGCUGGCCAAAUAUCUGCAAAAUCAGGGCAUCAUGUGGCCCCAAGUCCUCAGCGGCGUCGUGGGCAACUGCGUCAACGGGCUGGCCAACUACAUCCUGGUUUCCGUGCUGGGCCUGGGGGUCAGGGGCUCAGCCUGUGCCAACACGGUCUCCCAGUUCACGCAGGCCAUCUUCUUGCUGCUCUGCAUCGUGAAGAAGAAGCUGUACCUGGACACGUGGGCAGGCUGGUCCAGCCAGUGCCUGCAGGACUGGGGCCCCUUCUUCCGCCUGGCCGUGCCCAGCAUGCUCAUGACCUGCAUUGAGUGGUGGGCCUAUGAGAUCGGGAGCUUCCUCAUGGGCCUGCUCAGCGUGCUGGACCUCUCUGCCCAGGCCAUCAUCUACGAGGUGGCCACUGUCGUCUACAUGAUUCCCAUGGGGCUCAGCAUCGCGGUCUGUUUCCGAGUGGGGACGGCCCUGGGAGCCGCAGACACCGUGCAAGCCAAGCGAUCUGCCGUCUCAGGCACCCUCUGCACGGUUGGCACCUCGCUGGUCGUGGGCACUUUGUUGAGCCUCCUGAGGAACAAACUGGGCCACAUCUUUACCAAUGACGAGGAAGUGGUCGCCCUGGUCAGCAAGGUCCUGCCGCUUUACGUCGUCUUCCACCUGUUUGAGGCAGUCUGUUGUCUCUACGGUGGGGUCCUGAGAGGGACCGGCAGGCAGGCCUUCGGGGCGGUCGUGAACGCCGUCGCGUACUACGUCGUCGGCCUCCCGCUGGGCGCCGUGCUGACCUUCGUGGUCGGGCUGGGGAUCACGGGCCUCUGGCUGGGCAUGCUGGCCUGUGUCUUCCUGGCCGCCGCGGCCUUCGUCACCUCCACCGCCUGGAUGGACUGGAAGCGCGCCGCGGAGGAGGUGCAGAAACGCGUGGGGCUACCGCCCCAGGCCGCUGAGAGCGCAGCCCCCAGCCUCAGACCCGGGCCCGAGAGAGCGGUCGUAUCUUCAGUGGCUACGGGCAGCUACCCUGGCGUGACCCUGACAAUGUACUCAAGGCCCGAGGCCCAUCUGGACCUCUUCGGGACUCCGGAAGCAGCCCAACCCCUGCCAGCUCCCCCUGGCAGACUGUCAGCCAAACAGCUGGCCAUCCGCCGAGGGGCUGCUCUGGGGGCAGCGAUGGGCACGCUGGUGGUGGGGCUUGUCAUCAGGGUCCUGACUGCCAGGCCCUAGCAAGAAAGGAAGCAGAGAGUGGCUGCCCACCCCGCAUCCUCAGGAACAGGCCUUCAGCCGGUGCCUCGUGUGACGUAACGGGUCUGAACUGCGGCUAACCGCUCUUUACGAGGCCUCAGCUGACCGGAAGACGAGGCUCCUGGGGGUGCUACCAUUAUUCAAUAACGUAAAUGGCUUCAAACUGGAGAUUUCAAAUCAAAACAAAAUGGCAGACGCCACUGUUACAUUAAGAAGUGCAUAUUUCUAGGCUGAGUCUGCUGCCCGUCUGUACACAAAGCCUUUGUGAAGCUCUGGAAAGGGGGCCAGCGGGCCCCGCCCGUGAGCAGCCCACCUCGCGGAGACCCCCAUCUGCGUCCUGCCCACGCACCCUCCGCAGAUCCAGGCGCCGUGAGGCCCCGACCAGGGCCGGGCUGGUCACCUUCCCUUCGGUCCUCUCGCGGCAGCAGCAUUUUCACGUAUCACAGACCUUGAGAAACACCUUUCAUACAGUAGCGAUAAGAUAUAAACAAGGGCAGCGAGGCCCAGAUCGUUGGGCCACGUAGCCUCAGGGUGGAAUCUGAUGCUGAUCCGAAUUCUAGGGUGCUUUUGCGGCCUGGGACUGGUGACCAUUUCUGGGCUCCAGGCCGCACACCGCCACCCAGUGGGGGCAGCCUGGCCUCUGUCGUCAUCAGCCCCUUCAGCAUCAGUAGCUAUAAACACACCCACAGACAAACGGAUUUACUGAUCAAGGUCAAUAGCAAAAGAGGAUGCAGGGUGCGAAGCCUGGUUCUGAAGAGCCAGCACGCCAUGGACCUUGCCCCAGGCCCUCCGCCCACAGGAAGGCGGAAGCCUGCACCCUCCUCUGCGACGCGAAGACAGCGUCCGCACCCGAACA